AUGGCAAGGACAAGGCCACGCGGUGGCGAAGCCGAUGCCUCCCGUGACAUGGCCGCUGGCGGGGAAGGCCCCUCCCCUCCCCUGCCUCCCUCUUUCUAUGAUCCGGAGUCCUUGCAGAGCGGCCGAGCACGCUAGAGAAACAGAGACACGGAGAGACAGAGCGCCUAGCAGCGCUGCCCCGCGCGCGGUGCAUGCUGGGCCACCCCUCCCUCCCCGCCAGUCCUCCGAAGCUGCGCCGCGCUUGACACCCGUGCCUCUGGUCUUUUCUUUCCCCCCCUUCUUCUUUCCCCACUCCUCCUCCCUGCCCCCGCCCGGCCGCUCUCUCUCUCUCUCUCUGUCUCUCUCUCUCUCGUAAUUCCCUCCCUCCCAACAUGGUGGUGCUGGGCUCCGGGUGACCCCGAGCGGGGGGAGAGGGCGGAGGCGCAGCGCGGAGGCCCCUGCUCAGCCAUCGCCGGCCAUCUCGACAGCCGCGCGCACGCCUAGAGCGCCUAGGCGGCCUUCCCCUUUUCCCACUCAGCUCUCAGGCAGGCCUAGCCGGGCCGGGCCGGGCCUAGCGCCUUCCCCUUCCUUCACAGCCCUCAGCGGCGGCGGCUGCUACCACCACCACCCUGCGCGCUCCGGCACAGCGGCCUAGGCUAGGCGGCGGAGGCCAGAAGGCGACGCGGAAGAGGAGGGGCGGCAGCGGCGGCGGCGUCUCGCUGUCAGGGGGCAGCCCGGCCUGCUUGCAAGCGGCGCCUGCUGGGCCCAAGGCGGGAAGCGGCAGCGCCAGGUGAGUAUCAAGGGUGAAGAAGGGCGGCCUCUCCCCGUCCUGGGCACUUGGUUCCCCUUCGCAGCCCUCCGGGGGGGGGGGUCGUGGGAUUGAGAAGGCCGCCCCUUCCCUUCCCCGGCCGCACUUUUCGCCCUUGUGCGGGGAAGCGAGGGAGGAGAGGCGGGCGGGGAAGCGCCGUUCACAGCUUCUCCAAGGGCUGGUUCUCUCUGUUUUUAUUUUUUGCCCAGGUGUGUUUUUUCUGCCAUAGUGUGAGGGGAGGCAGCGGGGUUUUUUUUGGGGGGGGGGAGCGCUAAAGUACCGGGUGCUCCGUGUCUGCAGCCCCGGGGCGCGCGUAUCGGGAGCCGGGCCUGGCUGCGUAUCGUAAGUGCCGCCGCCGCCGCCGCUCGCCCGCCCCAGACAAAACAUGCUUAUCAAGGCCUUAAGACGGGAAAGUUGCCUCCUCGAGUGGGGCCAAAGGUCUGAUAAGCCCGCAGCCUUGUUUUCCCAACAGUGGACUCUGCUAUUAUUUUAUAUUACAUACAUAUAUUAAUAUAUGAUAUUAUAUAGGUGGGAUGUGUGUUAUUCCGUUGCUGCUGCUGGCCUGAUCUAACCUGCUUUUUCCUUUGUUCAUCCUCCUGCGAGCAGGCUUCCGUCAAACGUUUGCAUGCAACAUUUAUCCCUAAGAGUUAGGAGCGGGACUCCCGGUCCACGUGGGUAGCAUGUCUGUUGGCUCUUCUGGUUGUGUGUAGUUGCCAUCGAACUGAAUUUUGUGGCGGCUGUUGUGUGUAGCUUGACGGUUUCUGAGUAGAAUUAGAAAUCAGAAAUUUGCACACUUUCCCCACAAGGUUUUGUUUCGUUUUUUAAAUUGGGUGACUAGAAGCCACAUUUCUGUCCCUUAGUUUAAUCGGAUAAUUGAUGCUGUCCGUUUCGCCUCUUCGGGUGCCUAAACUGAAAUUGGCGUAAAACAUUGUAGCUGUUCCUCAUGUAGCAUUAUAAACAACUAUUCCAUAACAAAUGUUUACAUUUAACUAUGUUCUUUAAAGAAAUUGCAAACUCUAGACAGAUUUGUUUGGAUUCAGAUUUGGGCUUCUGCAGUGGCAGUUCUGUUACUUCUGAAAAUUUCCCAGCUAGAAAGCAGGACCUUAGCUCAGGUAAGCUCUAUGCAAGGCAGUAUAUAUGGUCAGUAAAGGGACUUAUUUUCCGUGUUCUGUAAAAAUGAUGAUCAGAAGUAAGAGGAUGACUGACUUUUAAAAUACAUCUCUUCUAAAGAUGUGGAAAAUGUGAACACAUUUUUAGAGCAUGUUCAAGCAUCGCAAAAUCAACCUCAGGUUAACUCUAGCACCACUUUGCUGCUGUGUGCUAGAUGAGUGGCUGGGAGCCUCCAGUCCAUGGAUCUGAUAGGCCCACUGAGCCUCAAAAUGUUGGCCCACCAGGCUAUUUUUGGUGAGCCACAUCCACCUUUCCCAUGUCUGACUUACAGAUUCUGUCUUUGCAGUUCUUGCCACAGCUACUUCUUCCUUUGCAGCUGCAGCUUGAAUUCAGUCUGAUGCAGGAAGAAUUGGGAGCACAAGAGUGUGCACCAUUUUGUCCUUUGCUGCUGUGGAUUGAAGGUACAAUCACCUGACACCAUAUGACAGCUGACUGACAGGUGGGCAGUCCCGCCCACUUGUCAAAGUGGCUCAUGAAGGGCUGGAUAUGUAUGCAUCCAGCUGUCUGAUCCAGUUGCAUGCCCCUGUACUAGUUUUUUAAAGUCCAAAUGCACUUAGUAAAACUCUACAAGUUAGGUUGAGGAACAAGUCUGACAGAGAAAUAAACCCAUACUAGAUAUUUAUUUGACUGAAGGGAGUAGAAAAAGUACACCAAGCUGGUGCUAGUGAUGUCUGUAAGAUAUUAUAGUUAACUUAAAGCUAAAGAAAUUUUCUUCUCACAGUUUUUAUACCAUGAAUGUGUCACAGGUGUGGAUUUUAGUGGCAGUGAUUGCUGAAUCUGAUGACUGCAACCCCUAAACAUAGUCCAGGGUUUUUGAUUAAGGGAUGGAAAUUCUUACAGCCAGAUCUAUGCCACUUCUUUUCCUUCAGCUGUUUCAGUGUAGGCACGCCAAUCUCAACUAUUGAGAUAUUCUUGGGAGGUUGAGGGUGACAAAUGUGCACUCUUUGUUACUUCUGGUUACUUCUGAGUUUUGGUGGUUGUGCAUGCACAGAAGCGCCAAAUCGCAACCCGCAUGUGCUCAGACGCGCUGCUGCGGGUUGCGAACGUGCAUCCCGCACAGAUCAUGUUCGCAACCUGAGCGUCCACUGUAUUCUUCACUAAGGAUAGAAUCUCCACUACCAUCAGUGGAUGUUGUAAUUUAGCUUGUAUGACCCCUCCAUUGCAGCAAAAAGGAUUAACUGUAUGAUCAGGAGGGGUUCUGAAGUAGGAGGGAGUUUAAAAUAAGCCUGGUCCAUAGUCCAUUUGGUGACCAGUUUUCAUCUUGUAUGUAUUUCCCUGAUUCUGGCAGACUUCAAAAUAGUAAUACCCAAGUGGGACCUUAAAGCAGAGAACACUUGCUAAAGUGAGAGCAGUUUUCUCCAGCAAAGGAGAUAUGUGUGCAUAAGUGGAUGCAAGUACUUGUUGAAAGUAUAAAAUGCAUGGGAUAUGUAUUCUGAUUCAGGGGUCGCUACUACAUGCGACACAAGCAUCUAGAGCUGGAUUGGGGAUAUAAUAUUAUCUUCACAAUUCAAAAUACUUAAGGCAAUAUAUAUUAUAUUUGUGGGCGUUAUUCUAAGCACAGCAACUAUAAAGGAAAUGGUUCUAUAGUCUGAUAUCCACAUGUUAGAAAAAAAAUCUAGUGCAACUAGUUCCUUUGCUGUGAAAGAGCCCUAAAUGUCUUUUCAGAUGCCUUUGUUGUAAGGCUUUUCUCCAUUCCCAUCAUAUCUCUCCCCUCCUUUUUAUUGUUGGCUCAUCAUCCCUGGCUUGCUGGAGCUGAUGGGAGCUUUAAGUUAAGCAACAACCUGAGAGCUAAAUGUUCCCGACUCUUGAUAUACAAGAUAGAGCCAUACAUGAGCAUGAGAUGAUCAGUGAUUUGAAGUGGGGAGCCUCUGUGAAUAGAGGAUGCCUGCUGCUUUAGAUCACCAUGCUCUCACACAUGUAGGGUCCCAAACUGUUUACAAACGAUAUACACACCCCCUUCUUGUGUGUGUUAUUUACAUAUUAGGCAAUCAAAACACCUGAAAAGGGUUUAUCACAGUCAGAUUCUGUUAAACUUUCCUGACUGGCUGUGAUCGCACAUAACACUAAAACAAGCCACAAAUUUUCUAGCAGAUGAGCGAACAAGCCAUGGCUUCUUUCUCCAUAACUUGGUUUGUUUUCCAGCUGCUCUUGCCUCGUGCCUUUGUAGCUUGGCAAGCAGCUAGUUACGACAGCCAAACAAAUCAUGGUUAAGCAACUCUGUUGGGCUUUGAGAGGAUGACAAACCAUAGUUAAAACAAGUCAUAGUUUGCUGGGCUGGUUUCACAUAUUAAAACAAAACCACAGUUAGAGUAAACAAACAAUGGUGUAGCAUUAUGUGCAAACUAGGCUGUUACUGGAAGCUGCAGAAACAUAAAGGCUUGGUUUUGUUUUAUGUAUAGAAAAAUUGAGAUUUGUACAAAACGUUAGACAAUUUCUAAACUCCUGUGUUUCCUUAAUAAGUUUGUGUGGCAUAGGGUUUAAUUGUUUUCUCUGCUUGUUUUUUUUUUUUUUUUAAAGUUGGAUUUUAACUUUAUUUUCAGGGGUAAGGUAUCCAGUAUGCCAUUUUUAUUUAGAAAAGUUUAUCUGGUUUUAUCUUAGACGCAAAGCAGUUUAGAGUAAAUAUGCAGAAUAAUGCAAAUAAUAUUUCUGUUGUAAAUUAAGUUCUUCAGUCUCCUCCUGGUGUUUUGUGUAUCUACGUGCAGUUUUGCCCAUGAAUGUGCUGUCUGCUUCAUUUGCUGAUGUUUGAGUGUUCUAGAGAAACUCCAUUAGGCAGUUACCCACUAGAAUGAAUGUUCUGCUUAUAGGAACAUAAUCCAUGCGAACAUAAUCCAUGCGGGAGGCACGUUCGCAACCCGCAGCGCCGUGUCUGCGCACAUGCGGGUUGCGAUUCGGUGCUUCUGCGCAAAGCACGAUUUAGUGUUUUUGCGCGAGCGCCAAAACCCAGAAGUAACCCGUUCCAGUACUUCUGGGUUUUGGUGCGUCUGUAACUCGAAAACGUGCAACCUGAAGUGUCUGUAACCCGAGGUAUGACUGUAUAAGCCAAAUGGCUCCUUAAAUCAGGGUUAUACUUGCCAAAACGGUAUGUAUAGUUGCCAUUUUGGGGGCCAGCCAACUCAGAAGUUGUAUUUUUCAAUACGACUUUUUGGUUCCUGAAAUUCAUUCUAAUUGUGCAGAUAAAAUGUCAUGGAUAGAAUUCUACAAGGAUGUUUUGUUAGUGUGUGAAAACGGACAAGAUCCAAAAUCUCUCUGGCCUGUCCUCAGAUGUCUAUAAUCAAUUUAAUUCUAAACUGAACAAUUUGCCUAUUACUCUCCCUUCUCUUCUGCUUACCACCAGGAGAAAUCUCCUAGGUGGUGACAUGGUAGUACCCUGUUUGUGGGAUGUCCUUCCCUUAGACAUGUGACUGGUGCUAAUAACAAGUCAAAACAUGCCUAUUUGCCCAGGCAUUUUAGAGUUUUUUGUUCCUGAGUGAUCAACUUGCUGGGUUUCCUCCUGUGUGAAUUUCAUUACUCUUACGCUUUAUUUCUAAAGUUUGUAAAACUGCAACUUAUUCUUCCAGAUAGCUUUCAGGUAUAAUACUUCAGGGUUGCAGUGGGGUCAUUGAAGAGUUAAAUCUAAUCCCUCAUUGACAAUAUUUUUCCUAAACUGUGCUGUAUACUAAUUGGCUAAUGUAGUUGCUUAGUUAUAUUUGCUGUAAAUGAAUAGAGCACUAUAUGGAAGGUUAGACUUUGUAUCCAGGUGGCUUCUUUCUGUUUUACUUCCACUCCUUCUCUAUAUUGCCUAACUCUAUUGCCUUGUUAACCCCAGAAACAUAAAGCAGCGAACAACCCCAAACUUGUGCUCACUCUUUUUAGAAUUGUAAUUUUCCCUGGGGUCUUGUGAUGAAGCCUGUGAUAUACAUUUUCUAAAUAAAUAUGGACAUUUUGGCCCAUAUGUCUUUGGCCACAUUUGCACACCAGGCUAAACCACGAAAUGCAAAAACUAAAGCAAGCCCAACCAAUCCUUAGAUGUUCGUGUCCUGUCCUCUCAUGCAUCUGGAAGGAGAAGCUUUUACUUUCAUUUCCUCUUAAGCUGUGCUUGUCAUUUUGUCUGAACCUGGGACCAUAUUUUAUCACUAACUGUGGUCAUUUUCUAUAUAAGCUGACUUAAUAACUGAUGGUUUGAAAUUGGCUUACUUUGAAACUGACCAUGGUUGGUGUUAAACCACAAUCCUGGGUUCAACCAGAAUGACAAGUUGAGUUUAAUGGAAAGUGAAAGUAAAUGCCUCUGAAGUUGUUCUGGUUACACAAGGGAGCGUGGAAGAACCACGUGAUUUGAAACAUACACGGGGUUAUUCCUAUUCAUGCAUAUUGUGGCGAGCCUUAGUUUAGUGUGACAUGAGAAUGUGGCCUUUGUUUAAAAAGCUAAGCCCUCCAAACUUCCCAGAAGCUGGUGUUGGUUAGGGCAGAGCAAUUUAUUUUUCUAAAAGGAAAUGUACUUCCAGCAGUGACCAGUGUGGUGUGGCAGAGCCCCUCUCCCAACAUCUAGGCUGGACUGAGGAAGGCAUUGGUGAGCCUGGGGCUGCACAGAUACACCAGCAGAGCCAAUCCAGCAUUCCUGCUCAUGCAUCUGUACAGCUCCAACCUCCCUCCCGGUAGGCCACAGAGAUGCCCUAGCCGGUAUUGUGCACUUGUUUAUAAAUGUUCAUAAUGAGAUCUGAGCAAAAUCGCAGUGUUCAGAUACAGAGCUUUAAAAAUAGGAAAAUGCAAGUUCACUCAGUUAGGUAUACAGUGGUACCUCAGGUUAAGUACAGUGGUGCCUCGCAAGACGAAAUUAAUCCGUUCCGCGAGUCUCUUUGUCUUGCGGAGCACGGCUAUUAGCGGCUAUUAACGGCUUAGCAGCUAUUAACGGCUUUAAGAAAAAGGAAACAAACUCGCAAGAACUCGCAAGACAUUUCGUCUUGCGAAGCAAGCUCGUAGGGAAAUUCAUCUUGCGGAACGACUCAAAAAACGGAAAACUCUUUCGUCUAGCGAGUUUUUCGUCUUGCGAGGCAUUCGUCUUGCGGGGCACCACUGUACUUAAUUCGUUCCGGAGGUCCAUACUUAACCUGAAACUGUUCUUAACCAGAAGACCACUUUAGCUAAUGGGGCCUCCUGCUGCUGCCGUGCUGCUGGAAAACGAUUUCUGUUCUCAUCCUGAAGCAAAGUACUUAACCCGAGGUAAUAUUUCUGGGUUAGCGGAGUCUGUAACCUGAAGCAUAUGUAACCUGAAGCGUAAGUAACCUGAGGUACCACUGUACUUGAUGAUCUAGUGAGGAAGAAGAUAGUAUUUUCUCUUUUAACAAGGUCUCAUUUGUCAUUUGCAUAACAAACAUAAUCAAAAAGAAAACUCAACCUCAAAAUCAGACAAGUUUUAUAAAACAUUGUUCACCUUUAUUUCAUACAAAAGAACUUGGCUAUGAAUUAGAGUCAGAUCAUUGGUCCAUCUGACUCAGUAUAGUCUCCUGGCUCUGCAAGGUUUCAGAGAGGGAUCUCUCACAGCCAUACCAAGAGAUACUGGGAUUGAACCUGGAAUCUUUUGAAUGCAAAGCAUGUGCUCUGCAACCACUGAGCUAUAACCCUUUGUUGUAGUUACUUUAAGCUAUGGUUUAAUGUGAACAAGCAGCAUGCUGGUACAAGCUGCUGAAAUUGCAGGCAGUUUCCUUCUCUCCCACUCCUGUUACUGUCAGGAAACAAAGCAUGGUCUGACUUGUUGUAUCAUCCGAAUCUGAGCUCAUGGUUUGUUUCUGUUCAAACAAACCAUGAACAGAAGCAUGCCGGUUCUUCACAGGAAACCAGGUCAUUUUGUCUAUGUUUUAAUGUGACAUGUGAACCAGGCCAGUGUUCAUGACGUGACCAUUUUUCUUGUUUCAAGAAAUUAUAAACACCGGCGUAACAUUCUUGGAUCUACAUUUAAUUUUAAGCGGGCUGUUUUUAGAAAAUAAGAAACUUUCAGUACUUAAAAACCAUUUACAAGAGUAAAAAUCCAAUUCAUAUUUUUUUUUAGAUGUGUGGGUUUUUUUACAAUCAUUUUUAUUCAUCCUGAGUGCAGUAAAUAGUACAGCACAAACGAACUUCAAAAAGAGCAUCAUGUAGAUUUUAUGCAUUAGACGAUCUUAAUCUUUAUAUAACUGAUUAAAAAAACUGAAGUAAGAUAUUGUAUUCUAGGUCCGCAGCCAAUUGAAGGCCUUUUGGCAACGUGCAAGAGCAACCUGCUGAAGUACUGGAAGAACAUGGUAUGUAGAAUAGUUGUAUCUUAGAUAUUGUGUUUUUAUCAGCAGAAAUAAUUUCUCUUAAUAAAACUGCCUUACGGAGAACAAAUUUAUGAAAGAAAACAAUAUUUAUGAAGGUAUUAUAAAGCGCUGAAUAUUUGAGUACUUGAUUGCCAUAUCAUGUGCUAUGGUCUUUUGAAAAUUUGCCGUUUCCGUUAAUUAGCAGGCUAACCAUAUGAAUGAUGUAGCCUGCAAGUUUCUCCACAAACCAAGAAUAAUUUGUCUACUGUAUGCUAGUUGCUUGUGGACAGAAUAUAAAUGGGAUCAGCUUUUGUCUUACCUUAACUGCUGAAUGAACUUUUAGUAUGCAAAAUGAAUGGCAUAACUUUUGUAAGUGUGAACACUUUUGACGGCUCAUCUGGUAUUAUUCUGUUCCAGUAUCACCUUUUUGUCAAUUGGCUAAAUGUCAAAAAUCUCAUGUUGCUACCACGUUCCUGGAAACAGUCCUAAUUCACUUUAUUUUAACAUCUUAUAUUACCGUAUUUUUCGCUCUAUAAGACGCACCAGACCACAAGACGCACCUAGUUUUUGGAGGAGGAAAACAAGAAGAAAAAAAAAUUCUGAAUCUCAGAAGCCAGAACAGCAAGAGGGAUUGCUGCGCAGUGAAAGCAGCAAUCCCUCUUGCUGUUCUGGCUUCUGGGAUAGCUGUGCAGCCUGCAUUCGCUCCAUAAGACGCACACACAUUUCCCCUUACUUUUUAGGAGGGAAAAAGUGAGUCUUAUAGAGCAAAAAAUAUGGUUUUAGUCUGGUUUCAGGUGGAGAAGGAGCACAGGAAAACCACAAAGCAAGCUAGUUUUAACUGCACUCUGAUUUUAUUGUUGCAUGAUGAAAUACAUGCUGAAAUUCAGACAUGCUGCUUGCUGUUGGUGGGGUUUUAAAAUAUCCAGUACAACAGCAGCUUUUAAUUUGGUAUAGUAGGAAUCGUGAAGUCUUACCAAAUUAUUUCCUUUGUGCACUAGUUUGUGAACAAGAGAAAUAAGAUAAGACACCUAAGUAGAGAGCAAGACAGUUAUAUCUUCUUUACAGGGUUGCAUUCUCCAUAUUGAAAGCCUGUAGGUGCCCCUUCCAGCCCACUCCCAACCGAAAUGAAUAGGCAGCCUUUGCAAGCGAAUGCUGUUUGCAGACAGUAAAUUACUGGUGGUCUUAACUGUGAAAAUUGUACUUUGCGCCCAAUAUCAGCUAUUAUGUGAAAGGAAAAUUACGUUGGAAUGACGCUGAUUAUGAAAGCUGACUUCUAGCUGAAUUUACUUUUAAACUGUUCUUUGUCUGUUACGCUGCUUUCACAUGCAUAAUCUGUCAGUUCUUGGGUGAUUUCUGAGAUUGGAACCUCGGGUGGCAGCCAGUGACUGCUCAGCUGCACUUGCACUCACAGCAUCUCUGGGUCAGCCCACCUGCUUUGCUGUCCAGAAAGUUGAUCCCAACUUUAAUAAGAUGGGCAGGGUUGAUCACUAUUGACCAUGCAUUCAUUCCUUGCACAAUUUCAUUCUGAACACUCAGCUUGAGAUUUGGAGGUGUGUGUUGCAUGCCUCUUAUUUUAGGUCCCUAGUUGACUUUUUGUGUUAUGUAAUUGGAGAGCUGAAACUCGUAUAACAAUAGGGCCAGCUGUAUCCAGAUGAUAGAAUAUAGGGCACAAGGCUCAUGUGAGCACCAUGUUCUCAAGCAUAAAUUCACCUCUUGGAAAAUGUGUUCUUCUGUAGAAUAAAAUAAGAGAUGAUGAAAUUUGGCCUUUGGCCAAGGGAUUCUGGCAGUUUUAAGUUUCAUUAGUAUAUUUCAUUGGGCCCCAAAGGCAUCACAUUUUAUACAUAGAGAGCAGUCACUUAACAGGGAUUGCAAAUUGGUAAUAGUUAUGAAGAAAUAAACAGAAGUGUUUCUAUUCUAGGAUACUAUAGGCAAAGAAUAAAUAUGUUCCGGGACUAGGUCAGCUCAGCCACUCAACACUAGUACAGGGUUUCCCGAACUUGGGUCUCCAGCUGUUUUUAGACUACAACCAAAAGUAAAGUAAAGGUAAAGGGACCCCUGAGCAUUAGGUCCAGUCGUGGCCGACUCUGGGGUUGCAGUGCUCAUCUCGCUUUAUUGGCCGAGGGAGCCGGCAUACAGCUUCUGGGUCAUGUGGCCAGCAUGACUAAGCUGCUUCUGGCGAACCAGAGCAGCGCACUGAUACACCGUUUACCUUCCCGCCGGAGCGGUACCUAUUUAUCUACUUGCACUUUGAUGUGCUUUCGAACUGCUAGGUUGGCGGGAGCAAUGGGAGCUCACCCCGUCACGGGGAUUCGAACCACCGACCUUCUGAUGAGCAAGUCCUAGGCUCUGUGGUUUAACCCACAGCGCCACCCGCACUAUGGCAAAAUGUCCUCCAUAACAGGGACAGUAUUGCUUUAUCGAUUAGGAGCAUAGGAAGCUGCCUUAUACUGAGUCACACCCUUAGCCCAUCUAGCUUAGUACUAUCUUCACUGACUGGCAGCAGCUUUCUAGGGUUUCAGCCACGGGACAUUGCCAGCUUCACCCGAGCUGGGAAUUGGAUGGCAAUUUUAAGUGUUUUGUCUAUCCUCCAUUUUACACUACCUCUAAGACAGUGUCUCCCAAACUUGGGUCUCCAGCUGUUUUCGGACUACAGUUCCCAUCAUCCUGGUCUUGCUACCUAGGGAAACACUGCUCUCUAUCCAUCUGCUCCUCUCUGUAAACGGGGUUCUGAUGUGCAUGGCUAUCCUAAACCUGGGUGCAGACAGUGCUUCAGAUUUCUGCAAAAAAAUGUUUAUAGGGAGAGAUCCAGUGCUGCACCAGUAGAUGCAACAGAAUUUCCUAGUCCUCUCCUCCCCAUUCCUGCAAUCCCUAUAAAGCAAAUGGGAGACUGCUGGGGAAAAGAAAGAGAGUCUUAAGUCCAGUUUACACAAGAAGAUGUCUGUUGUGCAAGCAGGACACCACAUUUGGAUAUCACUCAUACUUCAGAAUAUUCUUAUUUGCCAAAUGCUUUAUAGUCAGAUUUGGAAAGAGUGAGUUCAGAAAAUUUAGUGAUUUUUUUUUUUCAGGUUAAGGGUUUAAAAUUUUGUACAUAAGAACAGAUAAGAUCAGAUUAUAGAAUUAGGUAAGACAUUAAUUGGUUCCGUUUCAGCAAUGGAAGUCUUCAGCUGGAGAGCAAAAAGCCAGUGGGUGGCCUCGGGGUGCUGUGGGUACGAGUGUUGCUGAAUAAUCACUGGCUGACAGCGUCAUGACAGAGUAGAAGAUCAGCCUUACAUCUUAUACCAGAGAAGCCAGAUCACAGGAGACAGUUGACAGGUAAAAUUUUGAAAUGGAAAUGUCCACUACAAAUGGGUUGCUGAAAAGAAGAGUCCGACCAUUGUAAACUGCAUUAUUUUCAUCCUGUGUUUUUCAUUAAUUUGCAUUGUGGGAAAUUUUUAGAACAGUGGCUGUUAAACCUUGUCAAGGUCAACAGAAGCCGUCCGAAGGCCACUGCAAAUCUCAUGGAAUUAAACCCCACGUUUCCACCAAGUAAACACUCAGCAGGAAAGUUCAGCCAGUCUCAGGUCUCUUGAUACAUACAUUUGCAAGCACGUGUUUGUUGCACUCAUAAUUCACAUUUUCUUAGGCAUACAUCUAAGAUGCUUGACGUAUACACUUAAAAAUGUGACGUCUGAAGUGGUCCUGAGAGACUAGGACAUUGGUGUGAUUGGUGUUUCCUGUGAGAGGACUACUGGGAUUCAAAAGUACAUUCUAAAAAAUAGGCAGUUACUCAUUAAUCACCCCAUGUCAUGGGGGGACAGGGUCCAUACAGCUGUUCUUGCUGUAAUUAGAAAGGAGUGGGUCAGCAUUCUACCCCCUAGCUGCCUCGUGAUGUCUGCAAAAACAGGUCUGAGAAGGGGUGAGAGGUUCUUGUAUAUAAAGAGCCAUGGAUGUAAUAGGCUGUAUUUUUUUCUUUCAAGUUUUGGUGGCCACUAAAGCUGAAUCUAGUGGUGAAGUACCCUGUGGUAGAAUUACUAAUUAAUUGUAAUAAAAUUGUGACUGGUGUCCGUAUUAAGUUUUACAAAGAAAUGUGUUGUAUAGUGGCCUCAUCUCUUAGGCUGAAGUGGGUGAUGCCAGAAAUACAGCCUUUACCAAUAUUGAAAUAGACCUUCCGGCCAUUCUAUCCUGGGCCAUCAAAGGCCAACCUAUAUAAAAGAUAAUAUGCACUUCUAGGAAAUGUAUGGAUUUGUCUUAGUGAGUCUCAAAGGCAAACCUGUAACCUGUAAUUACAGGUUAGCCACCUCUGUACACUUCCUUACAUUCCUAAGUUGACACAUGAAUAAUGAAAGAGGACACUCUUAAAAUUUCAUAGUAAUGCACAAGGCUGGAGAUGGCCUCGGGGUAUAUUGGGGCAUAUCCUAUUGUAUAUCUUUUUUUAUCAUGAACCACACCUUGAAUUGAUCCUGGAGGUCAACAGGGAACAAAUGCAAUCUCUAGAUCUUUAUUGUAACAUGUUUUCUUAUGACCUACAUCAGAAAGCAGAAUUAACCUUAAACCAGCUUAAUAUUUUGAGCCAUCAUUAAGGAUGGUUCUUUCUAAAGUAAUGCAGGGUAGUGGAAUUGGUAGAAAGCUCUUCUAGCCACAGUUGCAGUGCAUUGCUCCAGGCAUGACUAUAAGCCUGAGUGAAAGUUCAUGGCUAAACACUACCAGUAGUGGAAGUAAAAAUAUUUUCUCCAUUCCACAAGGUUUUCUGGCCAUCAUCAUUUCUGUCUUUCAUGGAUUUCGUUUCAAUAGCCUGACUUUAAUGAACUGCCCAACUACGACUGGACUCUGGGAAAUGUCUUGCAUUAAAUCUAGACAAAUUCAAAAGUUGAUUUGUAAAGGCUGGAACUUAGUUUUGGCAGCAGAAUUAUUACAUAUAUUUGUGUUAAGAUUUCUUGCAACACAGUGUGUGUGUUGGCUAAUGAUCACAAUUGUUCGUUUAAUUGCCUAGUUUGAAACAUGAACUUGAGGAUGUUUAACUAAGCAUCACUUUAUUCAUUUAGCACUAUUAAGCCUAUGCUUGGCCCAGCACAAGAGGACCAGCGACAACCUGUUUUUAAUCAACAACACAAAAUUGUGA